AUGAAGGAACCGAGCAGUUGCGUGAUGGCGGAGAAAGACGUGAGAGAGAAGGCACUGAGCCCGGACCAAGCGCUAGAAGAGGCGGGGAGGCAGACGACGUUGUGCGAGGGACCGGUGAAAAUCCGGGACCGCAAGUGUGCAACAAAACGCUCGUCCGACGGAGCUCAGAGUCACACCGGUGCAGCUUGCGCCAGCGCGCGCGGGGCGCCUGGCAGCGGCGGCGGCGAGGGCCGGGCCGCCCCCACACAAAGGCGGGCCGGGGGGAGGAGCGCGAGGAGGCGGGAGGAGGAGGGCUGGGGAGGCGGGCGAGCGCGCGGGAGAGGCGGGGCCGCGCAGCCUGAGGCGAGGCAAGGCACCGGAGCCCCCGGGCCCGGCACAGUCGCCGCCGCCGCCGCCGCCGCCGCCGCCAGUGGGUCGCGUUGCCGGCGGAGCCCCGAGGCGCGCGGGACCGGCCGCGCGGCGCCUCCCGAGGGAACAAAGGGCCGCCCCGCCAUGCCCGCCCGCGCCUGCUGCUGCUGCUGCUGGAUCCUGGUGGGCUUGGGCGUCCUCUGCGGGGCCCGCAGCCCGCCCAGACCGGGCUAUUUGAUCGCUGUGCCGUCCGUUUUCCGAUCCGGCGUGGAAGAGGCUGUGAGUGUGACCCUCUUUAAUCCGGUCAAGGAGACCACGGUGCAGAUCCAGCUGGUCGUCAAAGGAGAGACAGUGGCUCGAGCCCACGGGACGGUUCUGGGUAAAGGAACAAUCAAUCUUAAGGUGCCCCCGGGGCUCCGUGGUCAGGCCCAGCUGAAAGUGUGGGGCAACCGGCACGUGGCGGCGGAGGGCCACGUCUUCCACAACUACACCACCGUGACCAUCGACAGCAAAGGGGCCUCCGUCUUCAUCCAGACGGACAAGCCCGUCUACAGGCCGAAGCAGAGAGUGCUGAUCAACCUGUAUACCGUCAGCCCGGACUUGCGACCGAUCAAUGAGAGGAUCGAAGCGUAUGUCGUGGAUCCUCGGGGGUCUCGUAUGAUAGAAUGGAACAACCUCAAACCGGUGUGUUGUGGCAUCCUGAACGUGACCUUCCCUUUAUCUGACCAGCCCAUGCUUGGAGAGUGGCUGAUAUUUGCCGAAAUGCAAGGGCACACCUACAACAAGUCCUUCGAAGUUCAGAAAUACGUUUUACCCAAGUUUGAACUGCGGAUUGAACCGCCUCGCUAUAUCCGGGACCUCGGUGCUUGUGAAAAGGGAACCGUCCACGCCAGAUACACCUUUGGCAAGCCGGUGACGGGCAGGCUGAUCAUCAACAUGACCGUCAACGGAGUGGGCUACUACCGCCACGAAGCCGGCCACCCUGUCCUCAAGACCACCGAAAUUGACGGUUCUGCGGAUUUUGAUGUGUGCGUCAGAGACAUGAUGCCUGCAGACGUCCCAGAGCAUUUCAGGGGCGCCGUCAGCAUUUGGGCCACAGUGACCAGCGUUGAUGGGAGCAGGCAGGUCACGUUCGACGACUCCACCCCCGUCCAGAAGCAGCUGGUGGACAUAAAAUACACCAAAGACACCCGGAAGCAAUUCAAGUCUGGCUUGCCGUACAGAGGGAAGGUGGAAGUCACGUACCCGGACGGCAGCCCGGCGGACGGGGUGACUGUCCGGAUCAAAGCGGAGCUCAGCCCGGCAGACAACAUUUACACGAGCGAGCUGGUGUCCCGUGGGGGCCGGGUGGAGUUCGAGAUCCCCUCCAUCCCUGUGGCUGCCCAGUAUGUCUGGUUGGAGACCAAAGUCGUGGCCCUGGAGGGAAAGCCGGCCGGAGACCAGUACCUGCCCAACUACCUGUCCAUCAGCAGCUGGUAUUCGCCCAGCAAGUGCCACGUGCAGCUGCAGCCACCGGACCAGCCCUUCCGGGUGGGGGAGGAGGCCCGCGUCUCCGUGAAGUCCACCUGCCCCUGCCGCUUCACCCUCCACUACGAAGUGGUGUCCCGAGGGAACAUCGUCCUGUCGGGGACGCAGCCCGGCCACGUGGCGCAGGAGAGGAGCAAGCGGGCCGCCCCCGGCAGGAGCGUCCGAGUCACGCACUUCCCAGCCCCGACCAGCCCUCCUGCUCCAGAGCCGAGCACCUGCGUGGUCUCGAUCCGCUUCUCGGUGACGCCCAGCAUGGCGCCGCUGGGCCGCCUCCUCGCCUAUUACGUCCGGGAGAACGGGGAAGGGGUGGCAGACAGCCUGCAGUUCGCGGUCCAGCCCUCCUUUGAGAACCAGGUGUCAGUGGCCUUUUCAGCCAACGAGACCCGGCCGGGCGACCCGGUGACUGUCAAGGUCCGGGCCGCGAAGGGGAGCUGCGUCUGCGUGGCCGCGGUGGACAAGAGCGUUCACCUGCUCAAGCCGGGAUUCCAGCUGACCUCGGCCCAGAUCUUCCAGGAGAUGGCUGAUUACGACGUGUCCGACGCUUUCGGAGCCACGAAGGAGGAUGGGCACUUUUGGUGGCCGGGCAUGUCUUCACACCGCCGGCGGCGUUCCUCGAUCUUCCCCUGGCACUGGGACAUCACCAAAGACGCCCGCUUUGCAUUCACGGAGACCGGCUUGGUGGUCAUGACCGACCUCGUCAGCUUGAACCACCGGCAGCACGGCGGCAUGUACACGGACGAGGCCGUGCCGGCCUUCCAGCCGCACACGGGGACGCUGGUGGCCUCCGUGCACGCCAAGGCGGCGCCCAGAGCGGAGAAGAGGCAGCGGACCUUCUUCCCGGAGACCUGGCUGUGGCACUGCCUGAACAUCAGCGACGUGUCGGGAGAAGCGCAGCUCCGCGUGGAUGUCCCGGACUCCAUCACCACGUGGCUGGCCGAGGCCGUCGGCGUGUCCGAGGAGAGGGGCCUGGGCCUGGCCAGGCGGGCGGAGCUGAGGACCUUCAAGCCCUUCUUCAUCGAGUUCACCCUCCCGUACCGCGUCAUCCGUGGGGAGCAGACCAAGAUCCCGCUGACCGUCCACAACUAUCUGCCUGUGUGCUUGGAGGUGCACGUGAAAGUCUCCGCGCCCAAAGGCAUCCAUUUCGUGGGACAUCCGGGCAAGCAGCACCUGGCCAGGAAGAAGUGCGUGGCCCCCGGCAAAGCCAAGCCCACCUUCAUCGUCUUCUCCUUCGGCGAGCUGGGGCGGAGCAACGUCACAGCGAAAGCCUUUGCUUACGGCGGAAGCGGCUGCUGCCAGGAGAACACGCAGGUCCCAAAGAACGGCAGGCAGCCCGAGGAGGGACAGGCGGACAAGCGGACUCCUCUCAGCGUGGACCACGUGCGCAGGAGUGUCCUUGUAGAGCCAGAGGGUCUGCCCAGAGAGUACACAUACAGCGUCUUCUUCUGCCCGAACGAGAAAAUCCACCUCUCCACGCCGAACAAGUACGAGUACCAGUACGUGCAGAAGCCGGCCCGCAUGACGCGCUUCGCCGUCGCCAUCAAGGCCCACAACAGCGCCCAUGUGGUCCUGUCCUCCGCCCCCCACGACAUGGCCGAGAUGACCGAGAUCGUGAUCGGGGGCCACCAGAACGCCAGGACGUGGAUCGCCACCAGCAAAAUGGGGGAGCCCGUGGCCAGCGCGGAGACGGCCGGCAUCCUCUCGUGGGACGAAUUCCGCCACUUCUGGGUCGCCUGGGCCGACGGCAUCAUCCAGGUGGGCCACGGCCCCUCCGCCCUCAACGAGUCCGUCAUCGUGACGUGGGCGGCCCCCCGGCCGCCGGAGGUGAAGUACGUCGGCUUCUCCACCGGCUGGGGCUCCGUCGGCGAGUUCAAGAUCUGGCGGAAGGAGGAGGCGGACGAGAACCACAACGAAGCGUUCACCCUGGGCGUCCCUCACAACGUCAUCCCUGGGUCCGAGAGAGCCACGGCCUCCGUCAUUGGGGACGUGAUGGGCCCCACCCUGCACAACCUGGACAACCUGCUGCGUCUGCCAUUCGGCUGCGGCGAGCAGAACAUGAUCCACUUCGCCCCCAACGUCUUCGUCCUCAAGUACCUGCAGAAGACGAAGCAGCUCAGCCCGGAGGUGGAGAGCGAAGCCACGGACUACCUGGUGCAAGGGUACCAGCGCCAGCUGACCUACAAGAGGCAGGACGGCUCCUACAGCGCCUUUGGGGAGCGGGACUCCUCCGGCAGCAUGUGGCUCACGGCGUUCGUGCUCAAAUCUUUCGCCCAGUCCCGGGGCUUUGUCUUUAUCGACCCCAAGGAGCUGUUGGCCGCGAAGGACUGGAUAGUUCAGCACCAGAAGGGAGACGGCUCGUUCCCGGCCAUGGGCCGGAUACUAAACAAGGACAUCCAGGGCGGCAUCCACGGGAAGGUUUCGCUGACGGCCUACGUGGUGGCGGCGCUUCUGGAGACGGGGGUGGCCUCCGAGGAAGAAAAGGGCUCCGUGGCCAAGGCCAAGCACUUCCUGGAAUCCAGCGUCUACUCGGCUGAGGACCCUUACACCGCCGUCCUGACCGCCUACGCCCUCGCGCUCCUGCGCAGCCCCUCGGCGGUGGCGGCGCUGCGCAAGAUGAACAGCAUGGCCAUCACGCAAGACGGCUUCACGCACUGGAGUUUAAUGGGGACUCUGGCGACCGACAAAGACACCUUCAUGGGCUUCAACGACGGCCUCUCCCAGUCAGUGGUGUCUGCCGAAGUGGAGAUGACGGCCUACGCGCUGCUGACGUACACCGUGCUGGGGGACGUGGCCUCCUCCCUGCCUGUGGUCAAGUGGCUCUCUCAGCAGAGGAAUGCGCUGGGGGGCUUCUCCUCCACCCAGGACACGUGCGUGGCUCUGCAGGCCUUGGCCGAGUACGCCAUCCUGUCCUACACGGGCGGCGUCAACCUCACCGUCUCGCUGGCCUCCACCAACCUGGACUACCAGGAGACCUUCGAGCUGAACAAAGCCAACAAGAGGAUCUUGCAGACGGCGGUGAUCCCCUCCAUUCCCACGGGGCUGUUUGUGGGCGCCAAAGGGGACGGCUGCGGUCUCUUGCAGAUCGACGUGGCUUACAACGUGCCCGACCCCGUGGCCAAGCCGGCCUUCCAGCUCCUGGUGAACCUGCAGGAGCCCAAGCUGAAGCGGCACCGGCGGGCCCCCCGCCCCCCUAGGCCCCCCGCCCCCCUGGAGGAGAACCGUUCAGGGGCCUCCCACCGAGAGCAGGCGCUGGGGGACGACGACGACGACCCGGCCGCCGACCAGGACCGCCUGGAGUACAAGGUGGCGCUGGAGACGUGCAUGAGGUGGCUCCAUUCCGGCUCUUCCAACAUGGCGGUGCUGGAGGUGCCCCUGUUCUCGGGCUUCCAAGCGGACGUGGAGAGCCUGGAGCAGCUGCUCAUGAACAAGCAGAUUGGCCUGAAGAGAUACGAGCUGGAGGGCCGGAAGGUCCUCUUCUAUUUUGACGAGAUUCCGAGCCAGUGCAUGACGUGCGUCAAGUUCGUGGCCUUCCGGGAACACAUUGUGGGCAAGACGGCCCCCCUGCCCAUCAAGGUGUACGACUACUAUGAGCCAGCUUUCGAAGCCACCCGCUUCUACAACGUGAGCGAGAGCAGCCCCCUGGCCCGGGAGCUCUGCGACGGACCUCUGUGCAACGAGGUGGAGAGCGCGGCCAGCCCCUGGGGUGGCUUCCUCCACCCGGGCCCGUGCAAGAGCGUCUUCGGCUGCCUGGAGGACGGCUACUUCGAGCGCUGCCUCUGCUCCCGUGACUGCGGCUCCGACGGCGAUCCGGUCUGCGGCUCCGACGGCCUGCUCUACCAAAACCACUGCCGGAUGGAGGUGGCCGCCUGCAGGAACAGCACCCGCGUCGAGCAGGUCCCCGUGGCCCAGUGCGCAGGGGGGGCGGCCGAGAGCGCUCCGGAGGAAGGAGAGGCUCCCGCCCAGACCCUCGAGCAGCCUGGCGGGGGGCAGCCGACUCCACCAGGUGAAGAGCUCACCCUCCCGCUGGACUUCUCCUACUACGCCUACGAGUACGAGGCGGAUCCCUACGGCUCCGAAGGCGACUCUUUUGAGCUGGCCACCGUGAGCGGCACAGCGGCGCACGAGUACAGCGGACCCCGGGGGGUCGCUGGGACCACCGGGGAGUGAGCGAAGCCCCCUCCCCCCAAUCGAAGGGAGGCCGCCCGCGUGGAGCCCCCCCGGCUUGUUCCACCGUGUCUUGCUGCCAA